AUCUCCCUGAGGACAUGGAGUACGACUAUGAGGCUCUUCACUCCCGACCGACCAUCACAGCCGACUCUGACAUCCCGGAGAACCUCCUGCACCUCUGUCACUCCUUCGGUUACGAGAGUGGACGCAACGCGAACCUGCAGCUUCUGGAUGAGACGACUCUGAUGUUCAUCGCAGGAAACCUGCUGGUGCUGCUGGACCUUUCCACCAAGGAGCAGAGAUACCUGCGCUCCUGCAGCGGAGGAGGAAUCGGAGCCAUCACCGUACACCCAAGCAGACAGUACUUUGUUGCAGCAGAGAAGGGAACCCAGCCCAGCAUCAUCAUAUAUGAAUAUCCAUCGUUACGACUUUACCGGAUCCUCAGAGGCGGCACCGAGCAGGCGUACAGCUUUGUGGAGUUUAACCGUGACGGCAGCCUGCUCGCCAGCGUGGGCAGCUUCCCCGACUUCAUGCUGACGCUCUGGAACUGGAGGGAUGAGGAGGUGAUGCUGAGCUGCAAGGCCAUUUCCCAGGAGGUCUACCGGGUCUCGUUCUCCAGGUUCAACCCGGAGCUGCUCACGUCGUCCGGUUCGGGUCACAUCAAGUUCUGGAAAAUGGCGAGCACAUUCACCGGUCUGAAGCUGCAAGGGCUCGUGGGACGUUUUGGGAAAACUGCGUCCACUGACAUCGAGGGCUACGUGGAGCUUCCUGAUGGAAAGGUGGUGUCCGGCACAGACUGGGGCAACUUGCUGCUGUGGGAUGGAAACACCAUCAAGGUGGAGAUCUGCCGAAAGAACGGGCAGAGCUGCCACAUCGGGACGGUUCAGCCGUUUGUUCUGGAGGAAGGGCAGCUGCUCACCAUCGGCUCUGAUGGAAUGGUCCGGGGCUGGGACUUUGAGACCAUCGACUCUGCCGACAGCAGCAUGGACAGCAGCCGCUUCGAGAUGGAGCCCUUAAACGAGCUGGAGGUCGGAAACAACGUGUGCCUCUCGUCUGCGGUGAAGAGCCCGCAGCCCGACUCCUUCGUCUGGUUUGCUCAGGAUUCCUGCGGAGCGAUCUGGAAACUGGAUCUUUCCUUCACCCACACGGCUCCCGAUCCAGAGUGCCUGUUUUCCUUCCAUGCCGGAGCGAUCCAGGGCCUGGACGUGUCCCCGAAUUCCCACCUGAUGGCCACGAUCUCUCUGGACCGUUCAGUCAGAGUUUUUGACUUCCUGUCCAACAGAGAACUGACCAUCAGCCGCUUCUUCCAGGGUGGAACCGCUCUCCUCUGGGCUCCACCUGAGGUGAGCCAGGCUGGAGGUUUGCUGGUGACAGGUUUCGAGGACGGGGUCGUCCGCUUGCUGGAGCUGUUCGACCCUCAGCGGCUGCCGGCGGACGCCCGGCGCCAACACAAAGGAGACGCCAGACUUAACCUCAAACAGGCCUUCAAACCCCACAAUGCACCUGUGACCGCCGUGGCGUAUGACCGGAAUGGGGACGUCUUAGCCACAGGGAGCUCAGACAGCACCGUGUUCUUCUUCACUGUCGGGGACUCGUACCGUCCCAUCGGCUGGGUCCAUGUCCCGGGGCCGGUGCUGGGGCUGCAGUGGUCCCCCCACUCCCACGAAGAAAACCGGCUGCUCGUCCUGUGUGAGAACGGUCACGUGGUCGAGCUCCACUGUCCUGAUCCCAGAGCUCAGAAGCCAUCGAAGAGCUUUGAGCUGCCGGAGCUGCCUCGUAGGUCCUUCAGGUUCCGGAGCAUCAAAUCUCGAAUCAAGAGAGAGGCGGAAAAGGCAAGACGUCAGGCUGAGAAGGAGAAGAAGAAGGCAGAUCUGUUCAAAGAAUCAAAGCUGGGAGGAGUAGAAGAGGAAGAGGAGGAAGAGGAGGAGGAAGAUUUACCGCCCAUCUUCAUCCCAGACCCUCCGAGUCCUCUCUACUGUGGCUUCUACUCACAGCCUGGAUGUUUCUGGCUGUCAAUGGGAGGCUUCGACUCAGGUUUCCUGUAUCACUGUAGAUUCUCUGAGGAUCAGGGUGAGGAUCUGGACCCACAGCAGGAUGAGGAUCUGGACCCACAGCAGGAUGAGGAUCUGGACCCACAGCAGGAUGAGGAUCUGGACCCACUGCAGGAUGAGGAUCUGGACCCACUGCAGGAUGAGGAUCUGGACCCACAGCAGGAUGAGGAUCUGGACCCACAGCAGGAUGAGGAUCUGGACCCACAGCAGGAUGAGGACCUGGACCCACAGCAGGAUGAGCCCUUUGACUUCGUACCUGUUUGUGACACCGACGAUGACCCCGUUCGCUCCGUCACCUUCAGCUCCGACAGGAAGCUGCUGCUCUGCGGCUUGCACUCAGGCACCAUCAGGGUCUACCUGCUGCAGGACCAAGGCCUCUCGUCCAUGAGGGACUACUGGGCCCUCAGUGUUCACGACAACCAGAACGGACAGCUGCGACACAUUCGCUGCAGCCACGAUGACAACUUUGUGCUGACGGCGGGUGAAGACGGAAACAUCUUCUCCUUCAGCCUGCUCCCCCCGGAGGAGCUGCAGACCAGCCUGCAGAAGAAGAAGGCCACGGUUCCUUCGCCCAGGGUGGGUGUUGAGAAAGAGUUGUAUGCUCAGGACAUCGAGGGCCCCACAGCUGACAGCAUCGUGACGGCGAAGCUGAAGCUGGAGAAGGAUCGUCUGCAGCGGGAGGCCGAGCUGAAGAUCACCGAGAAGAAGAGGAAGCUGGCCGAGCUCCAGAAGAAGUUCAAACAAGUGCUGAAGGUCAACAGGAGUCUGCCCGAGCACGUCCGCCUGAAGCCUGAGGAGCUGGAGCUGCACCCCUGUUUCAAAGAAGAGGCAGAACGGUUGAAGCUGCAGCGGAUGAUGGAAGUCAGAGAGCAGCUGAGCUGGGAGAAGGAGCGCAGCCACAUCGCAUUCAGCAAACUGCAGGACUGGUUCAGAGACUCCGUGGAGGAGGCCAAUGUCAUCACCUUAGUUGCGAUCCGCAGCGACCACCGAGUCUCCACCUACAGUUUGCUCACCAAGUCCUCCGCCCAGCUGGGACAUCAGGACACGCCCAGCUGUCCUGACCGGGACAAGCACCUCACAUCAGACCGCAGGAAGUCCAGAACUGAGCUGGAAAAAGACAGCAAUGACCGAGCAGAGGAGGAGGUGCUGUGCCCCAAGGUCACUCGAGCAGCAGCGGUCAAACUGGGCGAUCGGCAGGAAGAGCGGCUGAAGAAGGCUGCGGUGAAGGCCGAGCAGGCUCGAGCCAAACUAGCCAUCAGGAAGCAGGAAUGGGUCCAGCUUUACGCUGAGAAACCAGACGAGGACUACGAGGAUCCGCAGGACGUGCAGAACAUCAUCAAAGCCCGAGAGAACAUCGGAGACUUAAAACUAAAGUCGGACAAAGACUACACGGUGCCGAGACACCUGAUGAUGACCAGUGGGAGGAAGAGAGCGGAGCUGAAAGACCUGGAGGAUAAUAUGUGUGAGAAGCAGACUGAGCUGAAUGGACGAAUCGUGGCCUUGCGGGACACCAAGGUUCGCCUGGUGUCUCAGUUGAGAGCUCAGGCUCAGCGGCUCCGCAAGGUCCAGCAGCGUCUGGCGUCCCAUCUCCACCGCGCUCCACCCAUCCUGCCCACCAUGCUGCCAGAGGAAACCCCAGAGAAGAGGCUGCAGAGCAACCGGGCCACCCUGGAGCGAUACCGGGUUCUGAGGGAACAGAGGUUGAAGGACACACGGGAGGACAAGGAGGAGGGGACUACACGUUUGUUGGAGCAGCUUGAGAAAGAGAUGAAGGAGAAAGAGGAGGAUGAUCAGGAGAGAGGAGAAGAGGAAGAAGAGGAGGAGGAGACAUCAGUGGAGGAGGAAGUGGAGCUGACGGAGCUGGAGGAGGAGCUCGGCAGGGAGGAGGAGAUCAGACUGUUGGAGGAGCAGGACUCUCUGCUGGAGCAGAUGGAAACGUCCGUGUGUCAGUUCGACGCUGAGCUCCUGCAGCUGCGUCACCAGAGGAUUCAUCUGGACCUGAAGCUGACGCUGGCCGACCUCCAUCAGCUGAAGCUCUACCAGGAGCUGCUGCUCCUCAAGGAGCUGGAGACGAAGGAGAGCAGCCUGCAGGAGAAGUUCGACGCGUGCAUCAGGGAGGAGAACAGCAUCAUGUCGGACCUGGAGGAGUGUAAGGAGCAGCUGCAGCUGAAGCAGCGGGACAUGGUGAAGCUGCAGGAGAGAGAGAAGGCUCUGCGCUCCGCCCUCCGGGCCUCGCUGGGCGACAACAACAAGUUUCUAGAGUUUCUCACCAAAGUCUUUGAGAAGAAAAUCAAACGCGUGAAGAAGAAGGAGCCGAGAGAGGACGACGUGGACAGUGAUGAAGAGUCUGAUGAGGACGACUGGGAUGAUGAUGAUGAUGAUGAUGAUUACGACAGUGAGGAAGGAGCUCUGGAUGACAGCGUCUGUCCUCCAGGCUGCGACCCUCAGAUGUUUGAAUACACACUGCAGCUGCGUGAGCGUCGGCUGGACCUGGAGGAGAUGCUGGCAGAGGACAAGAAGUGUGUGGAAGCUCUGAAGGACGAGUGCUCGGCCCUCGUCAAGAAGGAGAAACUGGGGAAGAGCAGUCGUAAAAUCGUUGAUGACGACUUGGAGUUAGUCAACAGAGAGAAACGGCAGAGAAUGAACGAGCUGGAUGUGGUGGUUCCUCUGCGACUGCACCAGAUUGAGUUUGUUGUUGACGGCUCUGUGCCAUCGGACCUGAGCGAGGGUUUGGUGGUGGACCGGGCGGAGCUGGCCAGGCUGGGGCAGCGCAUCAAGCAGCUGCAGGUGGAGAAGGCUCAUCAGAGAGAUCUGAAGGUUCAAGCCCGGCACCAUCACAGCAAACUGCUCCGCGAGUGCAAGGACAUGAAGGCUCAAGGCCUAGAGCUGGAGAUGGAGUGCAACAAGCUGAUGAUGAUGAAGUGUGGGCGGCUGGUGAACCUGGAGGUUCUGCAGACGCUGUCGGGGAACAGGGUGCUGGAGGAGCUGAAGCAGCAGAAAGACCGUCGUGCAGCUGCUUACGAGAAGGACCUCCAGCAGUGGGAUGCGAAGGUGGCCGAGGCCCGCAAGGCUUCGAUGGAGGUCACCAGGCGUAACACGAGACAUCUCCUCACAAAGAAAAAGCUCCUCGAAGAGAAGAUAGAACUGGAGAGUCAACUCAACGCCAGGGGGAAAAACAUUCAAUUCAGACAGUUCCAGGGCGCCAAGAGACGUAGUAUUCUGGAGUCGAUCGACAGCCUGCAGGAGGUGGUGAGGAGGCAGUCGGGUCAGGCCGAGGCCCUCAGGAGAGACAUCAACGUCCUGUCCCACAAAGGAGGCCCGGUGUCCCCCCCCGGCCACAGCCAGCUGCCCACACCACCCCCGUCCACCCGCACACGUCUGUCCAAACCACAAAGCUCAACCAGUGUAUCAUGAGACUCUUUCCCAUGAAUUAUCAUUUAAUAUUAAGAGAUGUUUGUU